AUGCAAUAUUGGCUCUUUAAAUCGGAACCAAGUGCCUACUCAUGGCAACAAAUGGAAAAGGAGAAAGUUACCAAAUGGGAUGGUGUACGCAACUAUCAAGCACAAAAAUAUAUGAAAACAAUGAAAGUAGGUGAUUUGGGAUUUUUUUAUCACUCAGUUAAAGGAAAAGCGAUAGUUGGAAUAGUUGAGGUCUGCAAAGAACAUUACUGUGAUGAUGGCUCCAAGUUUGGACAAGUAGAUGUGAAAUUUUCCAAACCAUUAAGUAAUCAUGUACAAUUAAGUGAUCUAAAACAAAAUUCACUUUUAAAAAACAUGGCCAUGUUAAAACAAUCACGCUUAUCAGUUUCUCCAGUCUCGGAAAACGAAUGGGAUGAAAUAAUACGAAUGAGUAAAUGUGAGAGUGAAAAGUAA